CCCAUCUCCGAUCACUCAUCCCUCAUCCUCAAGCGUCACUCACAAUGCCUGUUGCUGGCCCGACAAGCUUGGCAUGCGCUGCAACCUCCUCCCAGGCCGACAUGCGGGCCGUCACAGUCCCCCGCCCACGCUCGCCGCACCCCGAUCCCCGCGUCGAGCAGCUCCUGUGCAAGAUCGCCGCGGCAGAGGCCACUCUAGGCGUCGACAGCGACGGCAAUCUCAAGGACGCCGAGGCCAUCUGCGCGCGCCACAUCAAGCUCCUUCAUGAGUACAACGAGGUCAAGGACGCAACACAGGCGCUUAUCGGCAAGUAUGCGCAGCUCACGCACACAACCGUCACGGCCGUGCACGAGAUGCUCGAGCUACCACUCGUCGAGGAAUAGCAGGCGUAAGUGUGAGAAGGCGAUUUUGCGACUAGCGCGUGGGUGGGUGGCAAACGAGUGGAUGAAACGUUUGGCGCUGCAAGCUACAAGCGUUGGUGCGUCGGUGACGUGGCAUCAGCCCAAGGUCUGAUUAUGGUAACCAGGGCCGGUAUCACUGCCACCGCCUGCGCAUGCCAGCGGCAGUACGCGAUAAUUCCUCAAUCG